AUGCCAAACAGCAAUCACAUCAAGAGGCUCGCUAUUGUCGGCGCUGGCGGCAAUGUCGGUGCUUCUACUAUCAGGCAUCUUCUCCAAAUCAAUCCUGAUAUCUCUGUUACAAUCAUAAGUCGAAACGAGUCCACCGCCACAUUUUCCUCGUCGUCUCGAAUAAUCGUCAGAAAGGGCUCGUACGAUGAUGCCUCGUUUCUGGGUUCUGCGCUACAUGGCAAUGAGAUGGCCAUGUUUGCUUUGAGUCUAUAUGCAGAGGGACUGCAGCCGAGACUGAUUGAUCUCGCAGCGAAGGUAAAAUGGAUCAUUCCCAACGAGUACGGCGCAGACGGGAUGAAUGAAGCGAUGUUGAAGUCGAAUCAAUUCUUGCACGGCAAGGCCGCCGCACGAAAGCAGAUCGAAGACUUGGGAAUGAAGUGGAUCGGUGUAGCGACAAAUCCGUGGACAGAGUUGUGCAUCCUCAACGGUUUGUUCGGAUUCAAAGCUCCGCAGCGCACUGCAACUUUCUACAGCGGCAGUGGCUCGUUCAACGGCAGUUCAAUGCAGCAGAUCGGGCGGGGAAUCGCGCAGCUGAUCUCCCUGCCUACGAUGUCGACUAGCAAUCCGACUGCGUCGCUGGCACAUUACGCCAACAGAUUCGUCUACAUCUCCUCGUUCUUGCUCAAUCAGAACAAGAUCUUCGAGUCGUUGAAGCGAGCUACCCAUACGUCCGACGAGGAUUGGACAGUCAAGCAUUCAUCCAUCGAGGAGCGCAUUAAAGAUGGACAGGAGAAGAUUGCGGAAGGAGACUUCAAUGGGAUGGCAGAAAUGAUGUUUGCAUCAUAUAUGGGAGAAGGGCUAGGCGGGGACUACCAGUCAAAACAUCUAGAAGACAAAGAGGCGCUGGGGCUGGAAGACGAAGAUCUUGACGAGAUUGUGAAAGCCGCUCUAGCCAGCUAUUAA